AUGCUGUCGACUCUGGUGACACUUAUGGUGGAUUCGGUGGCUACGAGCAUUUACACCAGCAGGGUGGACAGGCCACCACCGACUGAUGAUGUUGUUGCUGCGGCUGAGGGAGAUCGCGAGGCGGGGAACGAUUUCGUUGAGGUGGGUGGAGCGGAUUUGGAGAGUAACGGUGAAGGUGGUGGCAGCCAUUUUCAUCAUGGGCAAGGUUAUGGGAUGAAAGUUUCAGCCGCUGGCGAUGAUGGUCAACAGCGGAUGCGUUACAAAGUUAUUGCCUUGGUAUUGGAAUUGGGAAUAGUUCUUCAUUCGGCGCUGAUAGGAUUAUCAUUAGAAGCGUCGAACAACACGUGCACAAUCAAAGGGUUAGUGGCCGCCCUUUGUUUCCACCAAAUGUUCGAAGGGAUGGGCCUUGGUGGUUGCAUCCUCCAGGCGGAUUACAACUUUGCUAAAAGGAUGAUAAUGGCGUUCUUCUUCGCCACAACAACUCCGUUUGGGAUAUUGGUCGGGCUUGGAUUGUCCAAGACUUACAAAGAGAAUAGCCCGACUGCAUUGAUCAUCAGUGGACUCCUGAAUGCUUCGACAGCAUGGCUUUUGAUCUACAUGGCUUUGGUGGAUCUUCUGGCCGGCGAUUUCAUGGGCCCAAAGAUGCAGGGCAGUAUAAGCCUGCAGUUGAAAUCGUUUGUCGUCGUUCUGCUGGGCGCCGGAGGGAUGUCUCUCAUGGCCAAGUGGGCUUGA